CUGUCGCUUUCCGGCCAAUACAGAGGUGCCUGAAGGCUGGUUGGGGUGGUGAGGCCCGAGGCAGCUUCUGGGAUUUCUGAGCAGCCCUCAUCAGUACAAGAUGGACCCUGUAGUCUUGAGUUACAUGGACAGUCUACUGCGGCAAUCAGAUGUCUCACUAUUGGAUCCGCCAAGCUGGCUCAAUGACCAUAUUAUUGGGUUUGCGUUUGAGUACUUUGCCAACAGUCAGUUUCAUGACUGCUCUGAUCAUGUCAGUUUCAUCAGCCCUGAAGUCACCCAGUUCAUCAAGUGCACUAGCAGCCCAGCAGAGAUCGCCAUGUUCCUUGAACCACUGGACCUCCCCCGCAAGAGAGUUGUAUUUUUAGCCAUCAAUGAUAACUCCAACCAGGCAGCUGGAGGAACCCACUGGAGUUUAUUGGUCUACCUCCAAGAUAAAAAUAGCUUUUUUCAUUAUGAUUCUCAUAGCAGGAGCAACUCAGUUCACGCAAAGCAGGUAGCAGAGAAACUGGAGGCUUUCUUAGGCAGAAAAGGAGACAAACUGGCCUUUGUGGAAGAGAAAGCCCCUGCCCAACAAAACAGCUAUGACUGUGGGAUGUACGUGAUAUGUAACACUGAGGCCUUGUGUCAGAACUUCUUUAGGCAACAGACAGAAUCACUGCUACAGCUACUCACCCCUACAUACAUCACAAAGAAGAGGGGAGAAUGGAAAGAUCUCAUUGCCACACUUGCUAAAAAGUAGCUAUUGAAGUAUAUUUGCGACUUUUGAAGGCUCCUCUUUCUGCCCUUCCCCAUUUGUUGGAUGGCUGCAAUCUCAGUGCCUGAGGGAAGAUGCCUAGUAGAGGAAAGCUUAAUACUCUUUUUCCUGAAAGAAUAUCAUCCUCUGUGUUAUCCCCAUGGAAUGUUUCACUUUAACCCUGACUGGAGAGCAAUAUGUUCUGUGAAAAUAUCUUGAAAUUGUACACCAAAACCUUACAACCAACUUAUUUGAACAUUUAUUAUACACAAGGUUUAAGUAAGACUUUUCUUAUUGGUAUUUAAUUAAUUUCCUUUGGUCUCCCUUAUCCACAUUGGCUUAUUCUGGAGGAAAAGCAGUGAUCUGUAAAACAAAUCAAGAAUAUAUUAAAUCUAGAGGAAUGCAGGGAAGAAAACUAUAAAACAGAACCAAAAACUUGUUGCACAGCCUACAUAAUUAAGAGAUCAACUGGCUGGAAGCAGAUCAAGGCCUAACCUCAUUCAAGACCUAAAUAUUAUGAGACUCAGUUAUUCGGUUUUGUGUGAUAUCUCUUCCAUUCACCAUGCACAGGCUUUUCCAGCUAUCUGUAUAACGUUUGCAAAUAUUUGAUAAAGAUGAUGUUACCCUAUCUUCCUCCAUCUCAUUCCUGGAAUGCUUGAAGAAAGGGGAAAUCUUGAGUAACCUCAUUAAAAUUAAUGUCUGGUGGACCUCUCA